UUCCUUGGAAAUCAUCUGGUCUCUAUCAACUUUAAAGUUCAAAACAGAGCAAAAAUAGGCUAAUUCAGGCUAAAUUGACAGAGUGACGUUUAAUUAUUCAGUGUAUUUAUUUAGUUGAAGGGAUUAUUACACAAAUUACCACACUCAACUGUUUUAAUUGUUGUUUGCAUUGUUAAUACAAAUAUUUCAAACAUGACACACGACGACAAGCUCUCUGUUUCUGCGCCGAAAUAGUCAGUGUGUCUGUUUCUUACACAAUGGUUGUGUUGAGAGUAAAACUUUGAUUCCAACGUUCUGAGAGGAAGAGAGUGAAACACGAUGGACAGAGAUGGAUCUCGAAUGUCGCUCCUCUCAGAGAUAAAUCGGAGACUGAGCAACUAUUUCAGCCCAUGGAACAGCCGUUUGACCAUCCUGUCAGGUGGUCUGGUGUUGGCCACGCUUUUCUUGGAGCGCCUGGCGUUUUACUCGGUGUUGACCAACCUGUACAUUUACCUGACCAAGGCCUGGAGCUCCGAUGAGGCCCUUUCGGCCACCCUCCUGCUCACCGGCCUGGCCUACUUUUCGGCCCUGCCGGCUGGGUGGCUGGCGGACGCGGUUGUCGGCCGCUACUGGACAAUCAUCGGAGGACUCUGCUUGUACGUCAUGGCGUACGGUGCAUUAACCACCUUGGCCUUCAACGCACUCGCCUCUGCAGGGUGCUCGGCCGAUUUCUCCGGACAGUGGUGCACGACAUACAUUUACACCAUCAUUGUGGCCAUCGGCCUGGCAGUUGGCACCGUCAAGUCAAACGUACCUGCCUUUGGCGCUGCACAGAUGCGCCAUGGCAACCUGAGAACCUUCUUCAGCUUCUACUACUGGUGCAUCAAUGGAGGAGCACUGUUAGGGGUCGGCUGCAUUGCCUACUGGGAGCAAGUCACCACGAAUGGGUUCCCGGCGGCGUUCGCAGUGGCGACUGGAGUUUUGCUUCUAGCACUCAUGCUCAUGCUGGCAGGAAAAAGAGUGUUCGUCGCUCACAGCCCUUCAGAUGUUUCAGUGAUUAGUGGUCUGGUGCACAUGGUCAAGGAAGGGGUCACCGGCAGAAUCGCAGCUAGAGGACUGGAAAGUCCAACAGAGCCAUACGCACGAGUUACAGUGGAGGGAAGUGAAGAGCUGCUAGAUCCUGUCAAUCGAAACGCAGCUGACAACUCUCCCUGCUGGCUUGACUUUGCCAAAAUCAGGUACGGUGGCAGCCACAGUGACGAGUCUGUCGACGAAGCCAAAAAAAUGGGCCCGGUGCUGUUGUUGCUCGUCUUUAUGAUUCCCUACUGGCUCAUUUUCCUGCAGUCCAACUCUGGGUUCCAAGCCCAAGCGGUCCAUUUAAAAGUGGAUUUGGGAGACUUCAUGUUUCCCACGGCGUGGCUUGGUCUCGUGGACCAAAUUUUUGUUUUGGCACUCAUUCCCAUCGUCAACGGAUUCUUCAUUCCAUUGUUGGAGAGAAUGGGUUUUACCAUCAAGCUCACUGUCAAGAUUUCUAUUGGAUGUGUGAUUGCGGCUUUUUCCAUUCUUGCUGCUGGCGGGCUAGAAACUGCUUCGAUCAGAACUUGGCAAAAUGGGGGGUUUGUGACUCAGCAAAUAGGACACGCCACUUACAACGCAAGCACCGUUUCAAUUUUGUGGCAAGCACCGCAGUAUUGUCUGCUAGGGACGUCGGAAGUAUUUGCAACGAUAGGAAGUCUGGAACUCGCACACACCCUGGCUCCGAGGGCGCUCAAGGGACUAGUCAUGGGCCUCCUCGCUGCUUUUGAAGGAUUAGCCUCGUUUUUUAGCAUCGGCUUAUUGGCAGCGCUUACCCCUGGCUGGAUCCAACCUGACGCAACACAUUUUGAGGGCCACUAUGACUUCUUCUUCUAUCUAUUAGCAGCUCUUCAACUGACUGUUAUACUGCUUUAUUGUAUUGCUAGUUUUGUAAGAAACAAAUGGAGGGGUGCAGCUAAUUAUGAUGAAGACGUUUUGCACUCGUGACUGUGAUAUAACAAGAUUUUUCAGUGCCAAAAAUGUCAAUCCUCUCGCAAUAAAAUCCAAACAUUUGCUAUUAUUUAAUCUAAAGAAAAA